CAGCCAUCUCAGCUUUUAGAUGUGAUGAAGGGAGAGAUGUCUCUGCUGGUUGAAUAACUCACCAGGACUUAUGAAUGAAAACACAUCACACACAACAUCGGGGACAGGGAGAGGGAGAGCAUGUUAUUGCAUUUGGAGGUUCCUGUCCUGGUGUAACUGUCAGAACAUAAUGGUGGCAUUUAAAGGGAUCUGGACCAAGGACUUCUGGAGGGCUGUGUCUGGAGAGUACCUGGCCACUCUCAUCUUUGUCCUUCUCGGUCUGGGCUCCACCAUCAACUGGGCUGCAGGGGAGGAGAAGCCUCCCCCAGCCGACCUAGUCCUUAUCUCGCUGUGCUUUGGCCUCAGCAUCGCCACCAUGGUGCAAUGUUUCGGCCACAUCAGCGGUGGACACAUAAACCCAGCUGUCACUGCAGCUAUGGUUGUAACUAGAAAGCUGAGCCUGGCAAAGGCGUUGUUCUAUGUGGUGGCUCAGUGCCUGGGGGCUAUUACAGGAGCCGGGAUUCUCUACCUAGUCACACCUGCUGCUGUUAGAGGGUCCCUCGGUGUGACCACAGUGAACUCCAACAUCUCCCUUGGACAUGCUCUUCUUGUGGAGCUUCUUAUCACAUUUGAACUGGUCUUCACCGUCUUCGCCACCUGUGAUCCCAAACGUACAGACCUGGGCGGCUCUUCUGGCUUGGCCAUUGGCUUUGCUGUAGCAAUUGGUCACUUAUUUGCAAUUCCUUAUACAGGAGCCAGCAUGAACCCCGCUCGUUCCUUUGGCCCUGCAAUGGUCACGCUUAACUUCGAGAACCACUGGGUGUACUGGGUGGGACCCAUUCUUGGGGGCAUACUGGCUGCUGGCCUGUAUGAGUACCUGUACUGCCCUGACCCUGAGGUAAAGAAGAGGCUCAAACAGGUCUUUCAGAAGGACCAAUCAGGGAAAUACAGGGAGGUGGAGACAGAGGACAUUGCCAUCAAGCCAGGUACCAUUGGCACCAUCGACCUGGGGAAAACUGAGAAAAAAGAUCCUUUCCAGGACUCGACGGGAGAACCAUUGUCCUCUGUAUGACUAUCACGUGCACUGGAAAUGGAGACCAAUCUGUAGACUAGACUGACAAUCAAACUUUGGAGUAUUAAUCUUGAGUCUGCCCCCCUGCCCAAAAGACUUUGUCCCCAGUAGCAGAAUUCUGUCCAUGAAACUUUACAGCAGGGCUGAAUCACUUUCAUUGUCAUAAAGCUAAUAUGAUGUUAUGGCUCAAUCCCACAAAUGUCUACAGCCUGUAUAAUACUACUCCUGAGGCCCUGAAUGAUUUUGUAGCAGUGGCAUGUGGUGCACCUUGCACACUGCAGAAUAACAGCCAGCAAUACAUUGUGUCAAAGAGAUACAGUAUGUGUAGGGUCAGCCAGUUAGGUUGGGUCAUCACGCUGAACUGGAGAAGUGAAGAAGAAAAUGCGGCCUUGUUAUUUUUGGAUUAGUGUCACAUUUGGUCCAUGUACCGUAUAUAUAAUAACAGGAGAGAUUUUCCUUGUGAUCAUUAAGCACAUUACAGGUCCCAAGUAAUGUAAGACAGCUCUGACAAGCUUUAUUAUCAGAGUUAUAUUACAGUGCUCUCUAUUUUCAGUGCAUUAGUCAGGGAAACAACCAGUUCAUCCUUAUGGAGACAAUCUUUUUCUGUAAAGAUUUAUCCCAACAAAACUAGAUGUUUAUCAUCAUCAUCAUCAUUUGUCUAUUGUGAUAUAAUGAUUUGAUUUUGUUUCUAUUUUCAUAAAAUUGUCAUUCUUAGAUGUUUUUAUUUUGUAGAUCUAGAUUUGGUUCUUGUAACACAUUUUUUAUUUCUGUAUGAUCUAUGCUCUAUUUCACACUUGAAUUUAUAAUUUAUUGGUAUAAGAUAUUUGGCUGAUCUGUCUUUGCAAUUGU